AUGGCAGAGCCCAUUAAAAAAAUGGAGAAGAAACGUGACGCAGAGGAGAAUCAGCUAUUGCAGACACGGUGGCAGCACAGUGUCUGGGACCUGGAGCAGAUCAGGUUAAGCAUGGUGCUGCAGGACUGCGCAGACCAGCUGGCUGUGCUGGGCCACAUCGCCUGCAUCGCCGCCAUUCAGGAGAACUCCGAGGAGGACAAGGAGAUGUGGGAGACUCUGAGCGGGGCUCGAGUGGCGGAGGAGGGCGGACCUGCCGAGAGCGCUCGAGAGAGGCGUCGGGCCCUCGUGGAGCUGCGCCACGCCCUGGACAACAAGCCCCUGUCGCCCGACAACCUGGAGAAGGUGGACCACGACCGGCAGUUCCUGGCCCUGGUGAUCAAGGACAUGCUGGACGAGCUCCAGGAGGCCGGCACCUUCGACAGCCUGCUGGCGGCCGUGGAGGAGGAGAAGCGCCAGAAGGCCAACCACCUGGAUAUCGUGCAGCGGGAGGAGGAGGGCCGGAGGCGGGGCAAGGCCCUGCAGCGACAGCUCCGCGACCUCCGCAAGGAGCGCGCGCAGGAGGUGCACCAGCGGGAGGAGAUCACAGCACACCUGCGUGCCCAGCUCCAGGAGAUGAAGGCCAAGGCCGCCAUGGAGAGGGACUACAUGCGCGGCAUCUCCCACCUGAAGGUGCAGCAGAGCCAGGAGCACAACGUCCACCGGGAGGUGGAGCUGGAGGCCACCGUGGAGCGGCUGCAGGAGAGGAUCGCCGAGGAGCGCUUCAUCCACGAGGAGGUGGAGAACUUCCUCAAGGAGGUGCAGACGGACCUGGAGGAGAGGCUGGAGGCCUGGAUGGAGGCGUACGAGACGGACAUGGAGGCCAAGCAGAAGGAGACGGACACGCUGAAGAACAGCAGGGCCAGGACGGCCGAGCGGCUGCAGGAGCUGAGAGACGAGCUGGAGAGGAUGGCCACCACCACGCCGUCCCCGCGCGGGGCCCAGGGAGAGGAGGAAACGGAGGAUCACAACGUGAUACCACCACAGGUGUGUCCCGAUAGAAGGCCUUAG